AUGUCCUACACCUUCUCCAUCCUCUCCCCGCUUGACGUCCCGUUAUUCACCCACGACUUCGGCACUUCCCGCAGCGGCGGCACAGGCGUCGCAAACUACACACCCUCGGAACGCGCCCUCGUGCCCUUCAUCCUCCACUCCUCGCUCGAUAUCGUUGAAGAAGUCCAAUGGGGUCCCUCCACUUCCAGCGGCUCGGCACCCAUGUACCUUAAGCACAUCGACAAGUACCAAAACUGCUUUGUAUCCUGUUGGAUUACAGGCGGCAACACGCGCUUCCUCCUACUCACACGGCCACGUGAUGAAAGUCUAGGCUUGACCAGUGGAGGGGCUGGCGGCGCGAGGGGUAGUUUGGCGGGGGGCAGGGCGGCGUUGGGAGCGAGUGCUGGGUUGUAUAAUCCGACGAGUCCGGCGACGGAGGAGGCGGUUAAGAACUUCAUGGUGGAUGUUUAUGAGGCGUGGGUUAAGACUAUUAUGAAUCCUUUCUUCACGGUCGGGAAUGGUGAGGUGGUCAAGAGUCCGGUGUUUAGGCAGAGAGUGGCUACUGCAGCGAAGAAAUAUUUGUGA